AUAUAAUUAUAAAGAAAGUUAUAAAGUAAAAGGUGUAUUUUUUUAUUUGCAACUUGUGGAUGAUUGUAUUAUAUAAUUGAGAAGACAACAAAUGGCUGGCUUCCAUAAACUCUCUAAAGCUCUUCCUUUCAGAUUCCUCUCUAUCCAUUUCAUAAACUCGCCACAAAAAAAUCAGUUUCUCUCUCUGUAAGCAAAGAAAACUAAAGGACGAUCCAUUCUCACAAGAAUGGGGAAGCUUAAGCAAUGUUGGUCAAGUGUGCUAGUGUUGUCAAUGGUGGUGAUCGGAACAGGAGCCGUUCCCAUCACUUAUCUACAAAGCGCCGUAGCUAAAGGAGCCGUGUGUUUGGAUGGAAGUGCACCAGCUUACCAUUUCGACAAAGGGUUUGGUUCGGGAGUUAACAACUGGAUUGUUCACAUGGAGGGAGGAGGAUGGUGUACCGAUGUGGCUUCAUGUAUUAAGCGUAAGGGUACAAUGAAGGGUUCGUCCAAAUUCAUGAACAAGGACUUUGGUUUCUCCGGUAUCUUGGGUGGCAAGCAAAACACUAACCCAGAUUUUUACAGUUGGAAUAGAAUCAAAGUACGUUAUUGUGACGGAUCAUCUUUCACCGGCAAUGUAGAAGCUGUUAAUCCGGCGAAUAAGCUGUUCUUCCGCGGUGCACGAGUUUGGCGUGCGGUGAUCGAUGAUCUCAUGGCUAAAGGAAUGAAAAACGCUCAAAAUGCGAUACUCUCGGGUUGUUCAGCCGGAGCAUUGGCGGCAAUUCUACAUUGUGACACUUUCCGCGCCAUACUUCCCCGGACAGCUAGAGUCAAAUGUGUUUCCGACGCUGGUUACUUCAUCCACGGUAAAGAUAUCUCAGGAGGAUCAUACAUACAAUCUUAUUACAGUAAAGUUGUCGCACUCCAUGGAUCUGCAAAGAGUCUUCCUAUUUCAUGCACCUCAAAAAUGAAACCAGAACUCUGUUUCUUCCCGCAAUACGUCGUCCCUUCCAUGCGAACACCGCUCUUUGUCAUUAACGCUGCAUUUGACUCCUGGCAGAUCAAGAACGUUUUGGCUCCGACCGGAGUAGAUAAGCGCAAAGAGUGGGCGAACUGUAAGCUCGAUCUCAAGAAAUGUUCGGCCGCUCAGCUCAGAACUGUCCAAGGGUUUAGAGAUCAGAUGAUGCGUGCAUUGUCUCCGAUCCACAGUACUCCGUCGAGAGGAUUGUUCUUGGACUCGUGUCACGCUCAUUGCCAAGGAGGAAGCGCCGCCUCUUGGUCCGGCGCCAAAGGUCCCCAAGUCGCCAACACGAAAAUAUCGAAAGCAGUGGGAAACUGGUUUUACGGUCGGAGUGCAUUCCAGAAGAUAGACUGCCCUUCGCCGAUUUGCAAUCCCACUUGUCCUGCAAUCUCUACUGAUGAGUAGAUCUUAUAUUAUUGAAAAAGAAAUGUUAUAUUUUUAAUUUCAACUAAAAUAUCUCGAAUAAGACUUCUGCAGCAAAAUUGAAUAAAAGAUUAUGGGGAGGAUUGGUAGUUGA